UUGUGUUUAACGUAUAAAACACUUGCAAGCAUACGUGCGAAUUGUAGCGGUGUGGUUUCUUGGAUUUUAUUUGCAGUACAGUAUUAUCCCUUAUCACACACUAGCACCGCCAGGCUCCGACACAUUUUUUAUUUCAGAAUGGCGUCAACCAAUUGGCUGUUUAUUGGAGUGGCAUUAUGCGCAUGGGCUGUAGUAGAAUGCCAGAUCGGUGGCAUGGGCGGAGGAAUGGUGGGAGGAAUGGGCCAGCCUAGGCCGGCGGAUGACGAUGUUAAAAGAGUGGUACAAGCGGUUCAAGGUCAGAUCGCUUCCCGCGCUGGAUUAUCUGCCAAUGCUCAACUGGUACCAGUGUCUUACACCGUUCAGGUGGUUGCCGGUCUCAACUACUUUGUCAAGAUACGAACCGGACAGACCCAAUACCUUCACGCGCGAAUUUACAAAGAUCUGCAGCAACAUCACUCUCUAGCAGGUGUUAGAACCGGACAAACAUCUAGCAGUCCGAUUGAAUAUUUCUAAUCGAUUCUCCGCGGUACCAGUUUCUGUUUUUCGAUUGAUAAUAGCCGAGAAUCGGUUCAUUAUAUCUUUGAACUUUAUUUAUUGCAGUUUUUGUUAGUUGCGUACAAAUUUGUGAACUUUCUAUGACUUAGACUUUCUACGCUUGCUGUUUCCAUUAAUUUGCUCACAUGCACGAACUUAACGAAAAACCAUAGAACGACAUUAAAAAAACCACAAUAUAUUAAAUAAA